GGACCCUCCCCCCUCAUUUUUCGGGGUGUCCCUGCAGGCUUGCGCCCACCGCUACACCAGGGUGCUGUGGUCGGGCAGCGAGGACCAGCGGCGCAUGGUGGGCCGGUGCUACGUGCGGGGCAACGACCUGCGCCUCAACCUGAGCGACGAGUGGCAGACGUACCACAACGAGAUGUGCAACUCCAACGUGGACGCGGAGGAGACCGGCAUGUGCCAGAUGGGCACCAGCGCCGGCUUCACCUCCAACAUCAUUUAUUUCGGGGCGCCCGGCGCCUACAACUGGCAAGGUACCAACUACAUGCUGAAGCGGGAGACGUGGGACCUGCACGACUUCUCCUACCCCAACGAGAAGAACGGCAACACCUACAUAGGGUACACGGCGGAGGUGGGCAGCGGCGUGCUGCAGGAGGACGCGGUGACGGUGGUGGCGGGGGCCCCCCGGUACCAGCACACGGGCGCCGUGUACCUGCUGAGCGCCAGCCCCCAGAACACCCUGGAGAAGAGCCACGUGCUCCGCGGCCACCAGGUCGGCUCCUACUUCGGCAGCGCCGUGGCCCUGGCAGACCUCAAUAACGAUGGGUGGCAGGACCUGGUGGUGGGAGCCCCCUACUACUUCCAGCGGAUGGAGGAGGAGGGGGGAGCCGUCUACGUGUACAUGAACGAGGUGGGGGGCUUCCAGCCCAACGCCAGCCAGAUGCUCACUGGCCCCAGCUACUCCGCCUUCGGCUUCGCCAUCGCCAGCAUCGGGGACAUCAACCAGGACGGCUUCCAGGGGGAGAUCCCGCUUCGGGGGGUGGUGAGGGAGGUGGGGGGCUCCGGAGAGGUUGGGGUGAUCAGCGGCUCGGACCUGGGCCCCGCCAGCAUGCAGACCUUCGGGUACUCGCUCAGCGGGGGCCUGGACGUGGACGGCAACUCCUACCCCGACCUCCUGGUGGGCAGCUUGGCGGAGAGGGUGGCCCUGCUCAGGGCUCGCCCCGUGCUCAACAUCCUGGACAAAACCUUCACCGUCACCCCCAGCAAGGUGGAUCCCGCCCGCUGCACGCCCAGCUCCUGCAUCACGGUGACCGUCUGCUUCGCCUACAACCAGAGCGCCGGCAACCCUGAGUAUCAGGAGAAGAUCACCCUGGAGUACGUCCUGGAGGCGGACAAGGAGCGGCACCCCCCCAGGGUGAGGUUUUUGGGGACGCACUCUGCCACCUACCGCGGCCUCUUCCCCAUGCCCGAGACCCGCUGCGAAUCCAAGGAGCUCCUGCUGCUGGAAAACAUCCGGGACAAGCUGCACCCCAUCGUGCUCUCCAUGAACUACUCGCUGGUGGAGAAGCCCAGGAGCUUCCAGCUGGGUCCCCACUCCCUCGACGCCUUCCCCGUCCUCAACCGGGACCAGUCCCACAAGAACGAGACCAAGAUCGAGUUCCAGAAGGAGUGCGGCUCCGACAACAAGUGCUACAGCAACCUGCAGCUGCAGAGCGGCUUCAUCAACGAGCAGAAUCAGUUCCUGCCCAGGCUGAACGGCACGCAGGUGCUGCAGUACAGCCGGGACCUGCGCAAGCUCCACCUGAGCGUGAACAUCACCAACGCGCCCAGCACCGAGUCCAACGGCGAGGACGCCCACGAAGCCCAGCUCAACGUCACCGUGCCCCCCAACCUCCUCUUCUCCUCCGUCCGCCCGAGUGGUGCCUGCACCUCCGUGGAGGAGACGGUGCUGUGCGAGCUGGGCAACCCCUUCAAGAAGAACCAGAGGGUGGAGCUGCUCAUCACCUUCGAGGUCAACAGCAUGGCCUUGGACACGCGGGAGGUGCUGAUCUGGCUCGACCUGUCCACGUGAGUGUCCCUGGGGGG